CAAACCAAACAUCUCCCUGAUACCCAGCGGGGGGGGUCUCCCUGGGGAGAUGGGUGACCAUCCAGUGUUGGGGGCAGCACCAGGGCAUGCAGUUUGUGCUGAAUAAAGAGGGACGCCAUUUCCCACCUGUGGAUUCGGACAGGUUUGGGGCUCUGUUUUCCUUCAGCAUCAUGUGCCAGGAGGACGGCGGGAGCUACAGCUGCUCCUAUCACAGCAGAUCGGAGCCGUUCACCGUGUCAUACCCCAGCGACCCCGUGGAGCUGGUGGUGAGAGAUCCCAGCUUACCCAGACCCUCCAUCUCUCUGAGGCUCACUGGGGUCACCGCCCCAGGGGCAGACGCCACCAUCCGGUGUCAGGGGCAGCGCCGGGACGUGAGGUUCUUCCUGCACAAGGCUGGAGACCUGAACCCGCAGCGACACAUGGACCCUGCUGGGACCAGGGCCGAGUUCCGCAUCCCCACCGUGGGCCGACAGCACGGAGGGAGCUACAGCUGCAGUUAUCGGCCCCGAUCAGAGCCCUUCAUCUCCUCGCAGCCCAGCGACUCCGUGCAGCUGGUGGUAGCAGGGUGA